AUGGAAUCAGAACGCCUAACCACAGUGCCGAACCAGGACGAGACCAAGAACGGGUCAUCAGAAUUCGAAAAGAAUCAAGAACGGUACAAAGCUCUAAUCUCCACGCUUACUCACGAGAAAGGCUGGAGGCAGAAAGAAGCCUAUAUCGAGUACGGUGGAAAAUGGUGGACACAAACUCUUCUCGAAGGUUGUCUUCGCGCUCAAGAGUUCUUCCAAGCAAGACCCAACCACUUCCUCGUGUGUAGCUACCCAAAGACAGGUACCACUUGGCUCAAAGCUCUAACUUUCGCUAUAGCCAAUAGAGCCCGCUUCGACCAUUCCUCGAGCCCUCUCCUCCGACAUAACCCUCACGAGCUUGUUCCUUACAUUGAGUUCGCCGUCUCCUUCUUCCCUCAAGUCGAUGUUCUCAAAGACAAAGGGAACAACACUCUGUUUUCAACUCACAUCCCUUACGAGUUAUUACCGGAAUCGGUUGUGAGAUCGGGUUGUAAGUUGGUUUACAUAUGGAGAGAUCCAAAGGACACUUUCAUCUCCAUGUGGACAUUUUUGCACAAAGCAAAGACAGAACUUGGUCCUGUAAGCAACCUCGAGGAGUCUUUUGAUAUGUUCUGUCGAGGUCUGUCUUGGUACGGUCAUUACCUUGAUCAUGUCUUGGGGUACUGGAAAUCUUACCAAGAGAAUCCAGACAAGAUUUUGUUCCUCAAGUAUGAGCUUAUGAGAGCUGAGCCUUUGCCUUUUGUGAAGAAAUUAGCUGAGUUUAUGGGGUUUGGAUUCACGGCACAGGAAGAGGAGAAAGGGGUUGCUGAGAAUGUUGUGAAGCUUUGUAGCUUUGAGACGUUGAAGAAUCUUGAAGCUAAUAAAGGAGAGAAAGGGAGGGAGGACCGUGCUGCUGUUUACCCAAAUAGCUCUUUUUUCAGGAAAGGUAAGGUUGGAGAUUGGUCUAACUAUCUGACUCUAGAGAUGGCUGCUCGUAUUGAUGGGAUCAUGGAAGAGAAGUUCAAGGAUACAGGUUUGCUUGAAAUUAGUAUAUGA